AUGGAGAACGUGGAUCAGAACAGUGAGAAUUCAUCUGUAUAUCAGAACGAUGAAUCUGACUGGCAGAUAGAGAUUCCAUUGAGUUUGGUACGUGGGAAGACGAAAGAUGCGGAUUUCAGCGAAAAGACUGAUGAGGAAUGGCUGAGUAUUUUUGAGAAGAGUGUGUUUUUUCAAGGAAAUGACCCACUGUUAUGGGGCCAUUACCUUGCAUGCGUGUAUCUGGAUCCAGAGACCAAUAAAUUCGGGGUGUUUUAUUUAGAUAAGUUAGGAGUAACGCAUUUCAAGCAUGUUAACUUGAAUGAAAAAUCGGAGUAUUAUCCAGCGGUGCUCAAUUUGAGUGACGAAUACAAAAAAUCCAAUGUCCGCAAAGUAUUAGCUUGCUCCCUUUUGCAGAAGUAUGCAACGUUAGAUGAGAUAGAAGUAAAAAAAAUAACUAAUGGCGUGGCACUGAAGUUCGAUUAUGAUCAAACACAUGCGGGCGAUUUGGCGAAUGCAUGCAAAAUCGUGGAGUACUGUACACCUAAGAAUUUGGGGAAAAGUCUCAUGCUACAUGGAUUGAUGCAUAAGAAAGCGGUGCAAUCUCUUAUGGUUGAUGUGGUGUAUGAGAACAAACAAGAAACAAUAGAUGCGAACAAUGAGCUUGUUUAUUAUUUGGGCGAACAAUUGGAACAAUUAUUCGAUCCAUUGACGGAAUACUCUCCGGAACAAACAGAACGUGUUUACAUAUCUCCGGAAUACUCUCCCGAUCAGCAACAGGAAAAGGACGAACCACUCAUCGAUUCUAUAUGUCAGGAGCUUUUGACGCUUCAGUCAAAUUUCACCCUUUCCAUAAUUGGCUUUCUACAGAAAUUCCUAAUACCGCUAAGAAUUGAUGUGCUAAAUGAGGAUAUACCUGGAUUAUCAGCCGCUAAACUCAAUAGAUUAUUCCCUCCUACGAUUGAUGAAGUAACGAGGAUCAAUUGUAUUUUCCUCGAUGCGUUAAAAUCAGCAACACCGUAUGGUGCGGUUGAAGUGCUAAAGGCCUGCAGCAUCACCAUUCCAUAUUUUUAUAAAGCUUAUUCAAGACAUGAGGCGGCUACAAAAAACUUCUCCAAGGAUGUAAAGCUAUUCUUGCAAAAGUUCAAAGAUGUCAUUCCUAACCGUAACAUAUACACGGAAAUUAAAAUAGAAACUAUUAUCAAAGGACCUCAGGAAAAGUUGAUGAAAAUUAAGCUGAUAUUAGAAAGGCUGUGGCAAAGUAAAUCUUGGUCUACACCCGAAAGUCAAAAUGAAGCUAAAAGGGAUUUUGACAAUGUUAUGGAAAUAAUUGACUCAUUUGGAAAGAUGGAUGCUACAACUAUGAGUGCUUACAAUACUCGUGUUUUCACUCCUUCAGGAAAGAUUCUUACAGAAUUAGCUAAAGGUUGGCCUUUAGAAUUACAAUAUAAAUGGUUAAAAAGACGAAUUGUCGGGGUUUUCGAUGUAAUUGAUAUCGACAACAACAAGAAAAGGGAUCUUAUUGUCAUCUUCAGUGAUUAUAUCGUAAUAUUAAAUGUUGUAGACGCCGAGAAAUACUACGUGGAAGCAGAAAACAAGCCACUGAUAUCUGAUGUUCUGAUGAAUUCUCUAAUAAAUGAAGUCGCUCUUCCUCCAAAAAUUCCAAAACUGCAAGUUGUAUCUCAUUGUUACAUCAACAAGAUAUUAGUAUCAACAACAACGGAAAAUGCUAUUUCAUUUACUUUCAUGGAUGAGAAGAACCCACAACAUUUUGUUUAUAAACUGGCAUCUCCAAAGAUGAAAGCGUCCUAUAUCGAGGAGUUAUGCACAAAAGCUGCUAUUCUAGACAAAGUCACAGCUUUCCAUCUCUUUAAAUCAUCAUCUAGUAAUUUUAACAUUUACUUCACUGCUCAUGAGCUGGAAGCUUACAAGGACGAAAGUAUCAAAUCUAGAUUUACACUAUUCUUAAAUCAUCCACCAGAUAUAAGCUAUGUUGAGGAACAUGGUAUUGAUUUAGCGUUCUUUGCCAGUCUAAUCGACGGAAAGGUAACAUUGACAAAGAUGUUGGCCAACGGGGAAACGGAUGAAGUUGAGAUAUCAGUUGAUGAAUUAGUAACUGUUCUGACAAAGGAGUUAAUUGAUAACUAUGCUAGCCGAACGUAUUCUUUUAGCUCGCCAUAUUUUAAAGAUCUGAUGAGAGCAAAUGAACAAUUAGCAAAGCAACUAGGUCAUGGGUUUAAUUUAAUUGAUAUUCCCAAACCAGCGUCUAUUAUAAAGCAUGCUACUCAACCAGAUUCAAAUAACGGAUCUAAUGCUAUGCAUAAGAAAGAAAAGUCGUAUGGGACAAUAACAACGUUUAGAAGUAGUGUCAGUGAUCUUAAAGAUAUACAACCUGUCAAUACAAAUGCCAAGGUAACUAAACCCCCUCCUCGUAAAAUGAUGGACAAAAGGGAAAUAGUUAAAAAUACUCCAAAGAAGGCCCAAAAGAGAAGUUUCCUCGCAAAAUUGUUUUCCGUAUUUAGGAAACGUAAACCGGAGCAACAGAAACAACGAGCAACCGAGACUAACCAAGAAACUGAAAUUACGACUUCAAACCAAUAUCCAAAAACAUCUGCAAAGAAAGUGGUAGAGCAGAAACCAGAAGAAAGAAUUGGAUCUGUGGUUCAUAACAAAAAUAUUAACAACCAGUACCAUACUGCUGCUACUGAAAAUCCUUAUGCAGAAUCGAUUACUCCUCCAAAUUCACCUUCAAUUGCAACCGCACCUUCUUCCAUGGAAAUGGAAAAUGUCCAAUCGCCUGUACCAUCUCAGAAAUCGGAAACUGAAUAUCAUGAUGGUGCCAUUUAUAAACAACAGGAAUUAGCGAGACAAAGUCAAGUCUUUAACGAUGACUUAUUCGGAGACGUUAUCGGCCCACCUGUCCCUCCUAAAGAUAGAACUGUGACUCCCGUAAUUGUGCCUCAACCAGAGAAAUUUAAUGAAGAACAGAAUGUUGAAGUGUUGCCAAACACCGUCAAUGAGAUGGUGGAACAAAAUAAUAGUUAUUCAAGCCUUGAACCAAACACAAGGAAUGUUUCCGAGGUUUAUUCGUUACCAACAUCAAUAACAGAUAUCGGCAAGAAAUCUGAGAUCAUAGGAGAAGAAGCGGACAUGGAAGUUAAUAAUGCUGUGAAAGAAAGUAUUGCACCUAUAUUCCCAAAGAUUGAUAAAUUCGAACUUCCUAAAAUCAACUUCACGAAGUCUCCAUCGUUCGCAGAACUUUUCCAAGAAAUGCGCUUAGUUCUUGACGACUCUGAUGAGACUGUUAAUUGGAGAAGAUUAUCUAGCGAAGUCUCCUUAAAUGAGAAGUAUGCUAUCAAUAAGCCUAAGAAUGACAAUUGCAAGACUUCAAAGCCGUUAGAAGUUCCUGCAGAAGUGCCAGAACAAGAAGAACCCACUUUGAAAACUAAUCAUAUUCCAGUUAACUUCCAGGAAAAUAUAACCCUUCGACCACAAACCUCGAAAAGCCCUAGGAAUUCCCCUGUUUUCAAUGUGAUUAAAAGCUCCCCACCGAAAAUAGUGUCAAGAAAUGAUUUAGGCAAAGGCGAUGCAUCAAGAUCUAUUAACUCAAUUAACGAUGUUCCAAGUUUUUCCCCUCUACAGAACAAUGCUAAUACGAGAUUAGUAGAGCUAUCCUUCCAUUCUCAAGAUGACGUGUCAGAAAAUCCAUUCUAUACUCCAAGGACGGAACCAGUAAUGACCUUUGAGUCAUUUGAAGAAGAGCGUCAGAAAGAACCAGAAAAAGAACCAAGGCAAACAAAAGAUACGAAUAAAGCUAUAGAAAAAGCAGUUCCAGAUGAAAAGGGACAAGAUGUGGAAACUACUGCCUUAUCAAAUGGUAAAAAUGUCCAUUCAGCACCUCUGUUAGAUGAGCUAGAAUUCAGUUUCUUUCAUAUGUCUUUUGAUGAUACAAAUAAUACAUCAACUAGAGAGUCGACCACUGACACCGGGGACAUAUUUGAAAAAAACAACAUCACAUCUCAAAAACCAUCUGAACCUAUAUUCUACAAGUUCGAUAACUUCAAUAAGUCCGAAAGUUCAUUUUAUUCUGCUAAUGCAGCAGUGGACUACAAUGUUGCAGAUGUGAGUAAUGAAGCAAUAUGGGUUUCACCUAGUAAACUACAGAUAUACGACAUUACAGAGAAAUCAGAUACAUUCUUCAGAAGUUUAAGAUCUCCUACUUCUAAAAGGGUUGGUAACCCCGGGAAUAUUUUCAGCAACCUGAAACGCAAUACUGAAGUUGAAAAAACCGAUGAACCUUCAUUUUUAAAGGAUUCCUCUUAUAAUUAUCUGGGAAAUUUUGUUGUUGAAAAAGAAGAGGAAAAGAAAUCUACGAGACUAGAGUUCAAGUGA